GAGAUCAACCAGCGGCAGUACUCUGAGACGAACCUCGCCCUCAAAGAGUGUGCCAUGUUGCUUGGUAGGGGCGGUGGGUCGCCCUAUGCGGCGGACGCUCGCGUCGACCGGCCCUCGAAGACGCCCUGGCUGGGCGGCUGGAGCAGCGUGCUGUUCGAUCUGGGCCGCGUCCAGGGCGCAGCCUAUAGGCCCGACUUCGCGAUUGAGUUCGGGAAAGACUUGCCCGCGAUACUGGGCCUGGACAGCAUGCACCAGAAGCGUGCGAUCGCUGGUCUCGAGACUGGACAGGAGAGGCGCGUCUUUCCUGGACAGGGGACUGUCGACCUUGAGCUGCCUGCUGGUGCCCAGGAGAGCCUGGCCCUGAUCGGCGUCUUCGUUGCCAAGGCGAACAAUCUUGACCUGGACCUCGGGGAGCUUGGGUCGCGGCAGGCGCUUCGGACGCGUGUAGGCAGAGAGCUGGGCCGACUUGCGACCCCGAUGUUUGGCCACCGCAAGACAGCGUCCAUGUUCUUUGCGCCCGCUGACCUGAAGUCUGCUGAUCAG